UAUCUUCUGCCAUCUUGAGCAGAUCCCUGCUCAGAGAAUUUCCUGUGUUUACUAGUUAUCGAACCGUAGCACACGUGUUUCUGCGUUGGUUUGUGUCUAUGUUUUCGUUUCUCUGGAAAUGGUCUCGCAUCGUAUUUGCAAUGUACCGCGUCAGCCUGGCGUUUUACACAAUGGCUUGUCUGCUGGAUUACGUGAUCGUGAUGUCGCAUGGCAGUUCACCAGUCAGUCACAAUAUCAUGGCUUACAUGACAACCUGGACCUACUCACUCCUUGUAUUACACUUUAACAUGGCAGCCGUGAUAACACUGUUCUGUAUGUGGAAGGAGAAGCGAGGUACAAACAGAGUAAUCGACACGGUCAAACCCACCAGCAUUCGUCGACUGACCCUACCGAGUGGACUCUACGACCAAAAGUCAUUCAAUCCGGAUAUAUAUUUUCAUGGUAAGUCGGAACUGGAAGCAGGUUUUCAGGUGGAUAUGAAAGCGAAUUUCAGCGUGGAAGCUGAUCGAAGUACGUGGUACAUGAAGCUAUCAUGGCUUGUCUUUAGUGUUGUAUUCAACUGGGCCAUCAUCGUCACACUUAUAUUCUUCGGUGCUAUCUAUCCUGGAUUUAUACAGAAUGAACCGUGUCCAGUAAUAUCGUUUGAAGACAUCAACAUCCAUGCCCUGAACACGGUGUUUGUAAUACUUGAAGUAAUUCUAUGCGCCUACCCCGUCCGUCUUUACCAUGUUCUUUAUUCCAUUUUUUACGGUAUGAUAUACUUAGUGUUCAAUAUAUGUUAUUGGUCCUCGGACCGCGAAAAUAAUAUAAUUUAUCCAGGAAUUUUGGACUGGAACUAUCCCUGGACGUCAUUAGUAAUGGCGCUGCUGCUGGCGUUCGUUAUCACACCGUUUCUUCAACUUGUGCAUUUUGUCCUCUAUCAUAUACGUUGCUUUUUGUUUCGAAAGAUUUAUGGUCAUGAAUAUAUAUACAGAAGACGGCCUUCUGCCUUGAAAAAGACAAGUUCAACAGACACAAAUGGGAACACCAAAGAUUUUGGUGUUUUACCGAGAGACGAUUCAACAGCGCCUAUGAUUUCCACAAUUAUACCGAUGGCUACUGAGCAUUUAACUCCUAUAAAAAUAGCCCUACCAAUACAGACGCUUUACAUUCCAGAAAUUUCCAGGAUUUAAUAUUUAAUCCCUCACGCGUUGCAAAAAAAAAAAAUGCAAAUAUAAAAUAUUUGCAAUAUUUUGUUUCGUCACUUUAUGUUCUGAAUUCAAAUCCCUCCGAAAUAAACUUUGCUUUUCAUCCUUCCAGAAUCGAUGAAAUAAAAGCACCAGUGUAGUACUGGAAACUGACUUAACUAACUUUAUAUCCUUCCUACCAAAAUGUGUGGCCUUGAACCUAUCUUAGAAAUCACCAUCAUCACCAUCAUCACCAUCAUCAUCAUCAUCAUCAUCAUCAUCAUCAUCAUCAUCAUCAUCAUCAUCAUCAUCAUCAUCA